AUGCCAAUUGCCCUGCCCAGCAGUGGCUCCAGCGGUACGUGGGCUCCCCACUGUCGCUGUCGUGUGAGUUCGGGUCCGUCCACGGGUGCCCUGGACUGCGCCCGGCUUGCGGCGUCUGGCUUCGGGCACUCAGACUGUCAGCCCAAUCAAUGUCUGUCGCGUGAAGGCUGGAAUGAAGCUUUCCAUCAGUGCGAACAGAGCCGGCUACCGCCCUCCCUCGCACAGAGGAGCCCUCCCGUACGUCAAAAUCGCAACACCUAUCAUCUUCAACUGAUCUGA